AUGGACUUUCCUACGAAGCAAGGGACGGGGUUAGGGGUUGCGAAGCUUUGUGUUGAAAUUUCUGUGAAAUCGAAUCUGGCGAACAAGUUGAGUAUUACCCUUGAUGAUCGCCCAGAGAUGCUGGUGGAUGUCGAGUUUUUUCAUGUCCCCAGCAAAUGUGAGAAGUGUCAAGUGUUUGGACAUAAUUGCUCGAAUCCUAGGGGAAGAACAAAGAAGGUCUGGGUUGUUAAACAGCGUAGAGUGAAGGAAAUAGCAUCUCUUGUGCAGAAGGACAUGGGUAAAAGUGUGAUUGAGAUUCCAGAAGAGUAUGUGGUUCAGCCAUUGGGAGCUGGCUCGAGCUCUGCGGUUGAACAUGGUACUGGGCCUUCUCCUGUUCCAGUGCAGGACCUUGGUGUUCAAGAAGAGUCUUCCAACGGUGUUGAGGAAGAUGGCUUCCAAGUGGUUACACAUAUGAAGAAUAGAGUUAGAGCUCCUGCCCUAGGUCUGCAUCAGGAGUCCAUGGAACUUGUUUUCUGGUUCAGGGAAGAACUCUCUUGA